AUGCAAGUCAUCAUCAUCGCUCGGUUACAUGCCAUGUAUCAGCGAUCCAGAAAGGUGCUGAUAUUUCUCGUUGUCAUCUUUCUGGCCAUCGGAAUCGCCAAUGUAGUGAUAAGCACAGUAUUGACGAUGCAUUUGUUAGGAGAGGAAUUCGUUCUCUCCGGCACCUAUCAGUGCUUGAUUGGCUAUACGGGAGAUUCCACAUUUUUGGCUCCCACGACUUGGAUACUUAGCACUGUAUGGGAGGUCGUUGCACUGUGUCUCGCGAUCUGGAUUGCUGUAAAGCACUUCCGUGAACUGCGACAACACUCAACAAUUGGUAUUAUCGGGGACUGUUUCACGGUGUUAAUGAAAACUCACGUGAGUUACUUUGCAAGCUUUUUGGCUAUAUCUUGCUUCAAGAUCGGUUUAUUCUCUCAGACACUCUUAGUGGACACUUCCCUGGCCACUCAGGUUUAUCUUGGUCUCUCUCAGAUAUUCCAGGUCGUGCAGAUGUUUGUACUGGGACCACGCCUGAUCCUCGGUGUUCGAGAAUAUAACGCUGAGCUCGUGACCAAUUCUGAUACAGCGACCGCUAUGACUUCAGUUGCUUUUCAGGAGCGCGUCCAUUUGUCAACUAGCAGUAGCGUGUAG